AUGAAGGGGAAGAGACGGCGAAUGUGGCAAGGUGUUAAAUGUGGGGGCAUUCUCUCAGCACCUACUGGAAAUAUUUCUAGCCCUAACUUCCCCAGGCAGUAUCCUUAUGACACAGAGUGCUCAUGGCUCAUCGUUGUGGCUGAGGGAUCAUCCGUCCUGCUCACGUUUCAUCAUUUCGAUCUGGAGUAUCAUGAUUUCUGUGAAUAUGACUACAUAAAGAUUUACAAUGGGGUCCCAGAGGAUGAAGGCAAUCUCCUAGGCAAGUACUGUGGCAAGACCGCCCCUCCUCAGUUUACAUCCUCCUGGCACGUCAUGUCGAUUAUCUUCCACUCCGAUAGGCAUGUGGCUCACAGAGGAUUCUUUGUGGCUUACAGGAAAGACGUAUGUGGUGGAGUGUUAACAGGCUUCUCUGGAGUUAUAUCCAGCCCGGAUUACCCUGAUAACUACCCAAACAGUGUGGAGUGUUCAUGGACAAUUCAAGUUUCCAAUCAUACAGUGGUCAGUUUGAUGUUUCUUGAUUUCCAGCUGGAAAACAAUGAUGAGUGUAAUUUUGACUAUGUAGCCAUUUUUGAUGGCUCGUCUUUGACUGACAAACAUCUGGGAAAUUACUGCGGCAGCAACCAACCACUAGAUGUUGUUUCCAGUUCAAAUAAAUUGUUGGUUGUGUUUAAAUCGGAUUUCAACAUUGGUGGCAGAGGAUUCAAAGCAUACUAUUAUUCAGGUGAAUGCCAACAGGUCUUUACUUCCUUAAAAGGAAAUUUUACAAGCCCUCAGUUCCCCAACGUCUACCCAAACAAUAUAAACUGUCGCUGGACUAUCAGCUUAGCUAAUAGCUAUCGAAUCAAGCUCUUUUUUUUAAGCAUGGACUUAGAAGACAGGAACAGCUUGACCUACGCCUGUGAAUAUGAUUCAGUGACUGUUUAUGAUGGGAUCAGUGAUUCAGAUCCACUGCUAGGGACAUGGUGUGGGAGAGAGCUGCCGCCUCCUUUGCUCUCCAGAUCAAACAAGCUUCUUAUUGUCCUGAGCACAGACCGAAAUUCAGCCAACAAGGGCUUCUUUGCCUUCUACAAUGGAGUUGUGCCGAUGAAUGUCAGCUGCUCCAGAACUGAUUUCCAGAUCCAGAUAUCACAGCAAUCCCUACCCCAGCUGGACCGCUCCCGAGUCUACCUGGGUAACCCUAACUGUGCAGCUCAGAUGACAUCCUCUAAUUACAAGAUAACGGCAAGGUUUGAUUCCUGCGGCACUGAAUCUCAGAAAAGAAGGAAUGCUACAGUGAUGGUAAACACUCUUUAUAUUGACUUUUCUGAUGAAAAGCAGGAGAAUGUUCAAGAAUAUGAAGUGCAAUGUGAUCCGAGGAAAAAGGAGGCUGCUGUAAAUAUCAUAACAGGAAUGGACCCUUACAAAGUAGAUCAGAUGGUGGAGAACCAUGCAAAGGGCAAGACUGCAGAGUCAGAUCCUGCAGACACUGACAGCUCCAAACAACAAGACACCAGUGAUGUUGUCUUUAUCAGUAUCUGUGUGCUGGCCGGCAUCCUGAUGCUAAUUGCAAUCAUUGGUUUGGUAUUGCUUUAA